AUGGCAGCUCCGCUCGCUACCCCUAUGGCCACCCCAUUGUCCGUCGUUGGUACCGCUGCUCUCUUCUUCACCGGUGCCCUUGUCAUGCGUGGUGCCGGCUGCUCCAUCAACGACCUCUGGGACCAGAACUUAGACAAGCACGUAACGCGGACGCGGCAUCGGCCCCUAGCACGAGGCGCCAUCACGCCCUUCAAAGCCCUAGCAUAUACAGGCGCGCAGCUCCUGACUGGCCUUGGGGUCUUGCUGCAAUUCCCGACCUCAUGCCUUUUCUAUGGUAUUCCCAGCUUGAUAUUUGUGGCUUCAUAUCCUCUCGCAAAGCGCGUGACGUAUUAUCCACAGUUCGUCCUGGGCCUGACCUUUUCCUGGGGCGCCAUUAUGGGCUUUCCUGCUCUGGGGGUAGACUUGUUGUCGAAUAGUGCCGCUAUGAGUGCCGCUGCCCUACUUUACGCAAGCAAUAUAUCCUGGACUGUACUGUACGAUAUGAUCUACGCGCACAUGGACAUCAAGGAUGAUGCCAAAGCAGGCAUCAAGAGCAUUGCUCUCAAGCAUGACGCUGAUACAAAGAAAAUCCUGUCCGGGUUAGCGGUAGUACAGAUAGGUCUUCUUGGAGCCGCCGGCAUGGCAGUAGGCGCCGGACCAGCUUUCUUCAUUGGGAGCUGCGGUGGCGCUGCUCUGACAUUGGGCUGGAUGAUAAAGAGGGUAAAUCUCAAGAACGUGAAGGACUGCUGGUGGUGGUUUGUCAAUGGAUGCUGGAUCACUGGAGGCGCGAUCAGUCUCGGUCUUGGGGUUGAUUACCUGUUAAAAUACGCUGAAGACGACAAGACACAGUCUUUAGAGAAUUAG